AUGGCCACGACCACGAUUUCACCACCUCCCCCUCCCCCUCCAUGGGUCGUAGAUCUCAAUACUCCACCUAUAUUGAAGCCAAAAUCCGCAGGUAUUCCAGAUCCUCCAGGAUAUACAGCAUCUCCAUCUUCAAGCCGAAAACAAACCACCAAAGCUCCACGACAAGCUCCCACUCCCGCUGAAAUGGACACUCUUAAGCUCAAGAAGGCAUGGGAAGUGGCUCUUGCACCUGUCAAACAACUUCCAAUGACUGCGAUUAUGAUGUAUAUGUCCGGGAAUUCUCUUCAAAUAUUCUCCAUUAUGAUGGUUGUUAUGGCGUUCAAAAAUCCUUUGAUGGGGCUAAUGGCAACGAAUCAAGCAUUUGAACGUUUUGAGAGUGAAGGAACAAGAGGGAAAUUGGGCGUAGUAAAACUGGCAUAUGUUGCGUGUCAAGUGAUAGCUUUGGCGUUAGGAAUAUGGAAGAUCAAUGGAAUGGGUUUAUUGCCGACUACAAGAUCGGAUUGGUUGGCAUGGGAAACAGCAAGAGAUCCUCUAGAGCGAGCUAUACCAGCAUUUUGA